UCUCUGCUCCAGCUGGCCAGGGAGGGCUGCCUCAGCAAACUGCCUCCCUUCCCUAGUUGUCCCCAAUUCCAGGGGUGGUGAGUCACUGCUCCCUGUCCUCAGUGUCAGAAACCCCUUGGAGGGGCGGGUCUAUCUGGAAUUCCCAGAAAUCCUUGUCCCUGGCAGUACCUAAGGAGCAGGCCAGGCUUCUGUUAGCCCCAGAGUCAAAGGCUGCAGAAAGGGGGAUCUUGGUUGGGAACCAGGACCCUAGCACACCCACACGUCCUUCUCCCCUCCCUGGUCCUCCCUGUUUUCUCUCUGGAGAAGCCCUAGGAUCCUGGGUCCUCCCACACACCCCCCUCCAAAUCCUGGGCCAGCCUAGGCUGGCUUCUUCCGCCUCAGCGGGCCCUGGCUUGUCCCUGAGUGUGUGGGGGAGAUAGAGACACUGCGAGUCGGGACCUGGGAAGCCUCAUCCGGGAGGCAGGGAGACCCGAGGACACCCACAGUCCCUGGGAGGAGGACUUCAGGGCAGAAGAGACUCCCUUUUCCCCCCAAGCCUGCCGCUGCCCCACAGCACAGCCUCUUCCGCUGCUGCCCCUGGACACCCCCAGGAUGCUUCCGCCCAGCUCCCCACUUUGUUGUUGAUGUUCAAGUCUCUUCUAGGAGGAGCAAAGUGAGGUACCCCAGACUUCGGGAUGAGGACCCCAAUCCUGUUCUUUGCCCUCCUCUGGCUCCAGGGCUCUUUGGCCAAGGAAGACGAGUGCCAGUCCCUGGCAGGGAGCCCGGGCAGGGACAGUGGAGGACCACCUGUGGAAGUGAACGUCAGCAGCCUAGGGAGGCCCCCUGGGCUGGUUCUGAGCUGGGUGGCUCCAGAGCCAGGCGGGUUGGAACUCGCCCUCCGCCUCACCCAGCUGAGCCCCUUGGGCUCUCCUGAGGGGCAGCCACGCCAGGCCCACACCAACGCCUCCAGCUUUGAGUUCCGGGACCUGGUGCCAGGAAGCCGAUACCUGCUAGAAGUGACCAUCCUGCGGCCCUGUGGGCAGAACGCCACCACCGUCCUCACGGCCCGCACUGCCCCAUCGACCGUCUGCGACCUGCAGCUUCUCAGCACCCCCGGGAGCCCAUCCAGCCUGGGGGCCUUGUGGGGUGCUGCCCCCGGGGAGCACGAUGGCUACCAACUUCACCUCUCCCACCUGGAAUCCCAGACACUGGCACAUAAUGUCUCCGUGCCCCCGGGUACCCUGGCCUACAACUUUAGUGACCUCCUACCAGGUAGCGAGUAUGCUUUAGAGGUGACCACCUGGGCUGGCAAGCUGCAAGCAAAGACCAGCAUCCACCAGUGGACAGCUCCCGAGUCUCCGGAUCAGCUGGAACUACAGGCCCUUGGAACCAGCGCCUUGAGAGCCUCCUGGAACGGCUCUGAGGGGGCUGCCUGGCUGCAUCUGCUGCUCAUGGACCUCUUGGGGGGCACCAAUGUGACGGCAGUAGUUAGACAGGGGGUCUCCAAUCACACCUUCCUUCACCUCUCUCCUGGCACCCCCUAUGAACUGACGCUUAAUGCUGCUGCUGGGCCCCACUGGGCAGAGGGACCCAAUGCCACCGAGUGGACCUAUCCCUCUGCCCCCCUGGACCUGGAGCUCACUCCCCUGCCCCCAGAGCUCCGGGCCUGCUGGAAGGCAGGGCCCGGAGCCCGGGACGGCUACUUGCUAAGGCUAACCGGCCCAGUUGAGAGGAACACCACUCUGGGCCCUGGGGCCCUCAGCGCCACAUUCCCAGGGCCCCUUCCCGCUGGAGACUAUGUUCUGGAGUUGAGGGUUUUGGCCGGACCCUAUGAUGCCUGGGCCCAGGCCAGUGCCUGGCUGGAUGGACCCCUGCCACCACAGUCGCUGGAGGUCCAGGGCAGACAUAGCCCCUCUGACCUGACCAUUGGCUGGGCCUCAGCACCAGGGCAGCGGGAGGGCUACAGAGUCACCUGGCACCGGGAGGAUGGCCAGACAUCCCUGGGCAGUCUCGUCGACUUAGGCCCGGACAAUUCCACCCUGACGCUGCAAGGUCUGGUGCCCGGUUCCUGCUACACCGUGUCCGUGUGGGCCUGGGCAGGGAAGCUCAGCUCCAGCAUCCAGAGGGCCGGAGCCUGCACCCUUCCUGCCUCUCCAACCAACUUGAGCCUGCACCCUGCCUCCCAACCCUCUGUCCUGAGGGCUUCCUGGAGCCCCCCACCAGGGGGCAGGGAUGGCUUCCGCCUUCGGCUGUACCAUUGCAGGCCCCUGACUCUGGAAAACGAGGCCACUCUGGCUCCAGAGGCUCAGAACUUCUCCUGGAGCCAGCUGUCCCCAGGCACUGAGUUUCUGGUGCAGCUGACCACGCUGCGGGGAGCGGAUGAAAGCAGCAGCGCCAACGCCACAGGCUGGACGCCCCCCCUCGCCCCUCCUCUGAUAAAUGUGACCAGUGAAGGCCCCACCCAACUCCGGGCAUCCUGGGCCCAUGCUCCUGGGGGCCGGGACGGCUAUGAGGUGACCCUGUACCAGGCGGGGGCCCGGAGAGGCGCCAAGGCUGUGGGGGCCGAGGUGGACAGCGCAGGCUUUUCGGCUCUGAUUCCUGGCACUGAGUAUGAGGUGGAGGUUGUCUCCCAGGCUGGGCCCCUCCAUGCUGCACGGGUCAGCGCCUCCAACUGGACCUUCCCGCUCACGCCCAAUGAGUUGCUGGUGUCCAUGCAGUCCGGCAGUGUCGUGAUCAGCCUGGCCUGGGCCAGCGGCCCCUUGGGGCAGGGGGUGUGCCACGCACGACUGUCAGAAGCUGGGCACCCUUCCUGGGAACAGCCCCUGGCGCUUGGCCAAGCCCACCUCCUCCUGAGGGAUCUCACCCCUGGACGCAACCUCUCCUUGUCCGUGCUGUGCCAAGCAGGGCCGCUCCAGGUGUCCACUCACCCCGUGGUGCUGCCCAUUGAGCCUGGCCCUGUGGAGGAUGUGCAGUGUCUGCCUGAGGCCACCCACCUGGUCCUGAACUGGACGAUGCCUGUGGGAGACGUGGGCACCUGUCUGGUGGUGGCGGAGCAGCUGGUGGCAGGAGGAAACCCUCACCUCAUCUUCCAGACCAACACGUCUGAGGCUGCGCUCCUGCUGCCGCUCCUGACACCCGCCACCUCCUAUCGCCUCAGCCUCACUGUGCUGGGCAGGAACGGCCUGUGGAGUCGGGCGGUCACCCUGGUGUGCGCCACUUCUGUGGAGGCCUGGCAUCCCCCAGAGUUAGUCGAAGCCCCCCAGCUGGAGCCUGAGACGGGGAUGGGAGUGAUGAUCACUCGGGGCAUGUUUGGCGAGGAUGAUGGGAAUAUCCAGUGGUAUGGCGUCCUGGCCACCACCAACAUGUCACUGACGAAGCCUCCCCAGGAAGCCAUCAACCACACAUGGUUUGACCACUAUUACAGAGGACAUGACUCCUACCUGGCCAUCCUGCUUCCCAAUCCCUUCUACCCGGGGCCCUGGGCUGUGCCAGGUUCCUGGAUGGUGCCUAUGGGUACAGAGAACUGUGGCCAGACCCAGGAGAUAUGUAAUGGGCAACUCAAGCCAGGUUCUCAGUAUCGGUUCAGUGUUGUGGCUUUUACCAGAUACAAUUCUCCUGAGACCAUUAUUUCCUUCUCAGCCUUCUCAGAGCCCCGGACCAGUGUCUCCGGGACAGCGAUGUCUCUCCCUGUGGUGGUGGGCAUUGUGGCGGGCUGUGUCCUCGCCAUCUGUGCUGUGCUGGGCCUGCUGUGCUGGAGGCGGGUGAAAGGGAAGAGGGCAGAGAAGAACCGAUUUUCCCAAGAGCUGAUGGCUUACAACCCUCGGCGGACCCACCGGCCAAUCCCAAUUCACAGCUUCCGGCAGAGCUAUGAGGCCAAGAGUGCGCAUGCCCACCAGGCUUUCUUUCAGGAGUUUGAGGAGCUGAAGGAGGUGGGCAAGGAGCAGCCCAGACUGGAAGCCGAGCACCCUGCCAACACCAGCAAGAACCGUUACCCACAUGUGCUGCCCUAUGACCAUUCCCGGGUAAGGCUGACCCAGCUGGAUGGAGAGCCUCAUUCUGACUAUAUCAAUGCCAACUUCAUCCCAGGCUACACCCACCCUCAGGAAUUCAUUGCCACCCAAGGGCCUCUCAAGAAGACUCUGGAGGACUUCUGGCGGCUGGUGUGGGAGCAGCAGGUCCACAUCAUCGUCAUGCUGACCGUGGGCAUGGAGAACGGGAGGGUGCUGUGUGAGCAUUACUGGCCGGCUGAUCCCAACCCUGUCACCCAUGGCCACAUCACUGUCCACCUCCUGGUGGAGGAGCCGGAGGACGAGUGGACCAAGCGGGAAUUCCAGCUGCAGCAUGUUGCCCAGCAACAGCAGAGGAGGGUGAAGCAGCUGCAGUUCACCACCUGGCCUGACCACAGCAUCCCCGAGGCCCCUGGCUCCCUGCUGGCCUUUCUGGAGCUGGUACAUGAGCAGGCGCAUGCCACACAGGGCCCGGGGCCCAUCCUGGUGCACUGCAGUGCGGGCGUGGGCCGCACCGGCACCUUUGUGGCCCUGUCGAGGCUGCUGCAGCAGCUAGAGGCCGAGCAGAUGGUGGACGUGUUCAACGCCGUGUACGUGCUACGGCUUCACCGGCCACUCAUGAUCCAGACCCCGAGCCAGUACAUCUUCCUGCACAGCUGCCUCCUGAACAAGAUUCUGGAGCGGUCCUCUGGCGCCUCUGAAGCCGAGAAGACUGGAAGCGGGAGCUGGGGAACCCCGGGUGCCUUCUCCCCUCUCCGCCCCUCCCCCAGGUCCCAGCCCAUCUCUGUGAAGAACUUUGCCCAGGCCUGUGCCAAGAGGGCGGCCAACGCCAACGCUGGCUUCCUGAAGGAGUAUGAGCUCCUGCUCCAGGCCAUUAAGGACGAGGCUCCGACACCCCCUCCUGGCUACGAGCGGGACAGCGUGGUUCCCUAUGACCAUUCUCAAGCGCCGUUUCCUCCGGAGGAGGAGAGCCCCCCCGACCAGCUGCUGGAAGCCUGGCUCUUCCCUGGAGGGUUUUCUGGCCGUGACCACGUGGUGCUGACUGGUCCCGCAGGGCCCAAGGAGCUCUGGGAGCUGGUAUGGGAGCACGGGGCCCACGUGCUGGUUUCACUGUGCCCACCUGACACCAGGGAGGAGGAGUUCUGGCCGACAGAGACGCAGCCCAUCAUCAUGGAUGUGGUGACGGUGCACUGGGUGGCGGAGAGCAGCACAGCAGGCUGGCCCUGCACCCUCUUCAGGGUCACACACGGGGAGAGCGGGAAGGAGAGGCAGGUGCAGCGACUGCAGUUUCCGCAUGGGGAGCCCGGGCGUGAGCUGCCCGCCACCAUCCUGCUGCCCUUCCUGGCGGCCGUGGGCCAGUGCUGCUCCCGGGACAGGAAGAGGCCAGGCACGCUGCUCAGUCACUCCAGCAAGGGUGUGGCCCAGCUGGGCACCUUCCUGGCUAUGGAUCAGCUGUUGCAGCAGGCUGGCGCUGAGUACACCGUGGACGUCUUUAACGUUACCCUGCAGCAGUCUCAGGCCUGUGCCCACAUGACCCCAACGCUGGAGCAGUAUAUCUACCUCUACAACUGUUUAAACAGCGCACUGGUGGACGGGCUGCCCUGAGCUGCGCCGGUCACGGUAGCCUGCUGGCUGGAGGGCAAGCUCCAGCAAGUCCCCCCUGGCCAGGCUUGCCUGAAGGACCCUGUGUUGUCAAGGGGGCAGUGCCUAGAAUAAAGAAUGUGGCCAGCCUGAGGCUGAGUGUG